AUGGCGGAGCAGCUGCAGCUACGCGACCGCGCGCUCAGGAUAUUCAUGAAUGAGGGGAAGUCCUGGUACGGCAUGAACCACCACCACCCGACCACGUUCGACACGCUCGCCAUGGACCCGGCGCUCAAGCAGUCCAUCAUCGCUGACCUCGACCGCUUCCUGGGGAGAAGGGACUACUACCGCCGCAUCGGCAAGGCGUGGAAGCGUGGGUACCUCCUCUACGGCCCGCCGGGCACCGGCAAGUCCAGCCUCGUCGCCGCCAUGGCCAACUACCUCCGCUUCAACCUCUACGACCUCGACCUGUCCGAGGUGCGCUUCAACUCAGACCUGCAGAAGCUGCUCGUCCACAUGCCCAACAAGUCCAUCCUCGACGUCGAGGACAUCGAGUGCUCCUUCGAGGGCGUCGCGUCGAGGGAAAGGGAGGACGGCAGGGCGCCAGAGCCCGACAUGGACGCCGACUACGGGUCUGACGGCAGUCCACCGGUGGCGUACUAUUCUCCUCCGAGUGGGACUACUCUGUCCGGGCUGCUCAACUACAAGGACCGCCUCGACCCGGCGCUGCUGCGGCCGGGCCGGAUGGACAUGCACGUCUACAUGGGCUACUGCUGCUGGGAGGCGUUCAAGACGCUGGCCAGAAACUACUUCCUUGUCGACAACCACACGCUGUUCCCGGAGAUUCAGGAGCUGCUCUCGGCCGUGGACGUGACGCCGGCCGAGGUGUCGGAGAUGCUGCUGCGGAGCGAGGACGUCGACGUGGCGCUCCAGCCCCUUGUAGAGUUCCCGCAGAAGAAGAGACAGAGGGCAUGGAAUGAAACAGAGAACAAGAAAGCAGCAGAUGACAGGACUUAUCAGAGAAAGCAGUGUAAGCGAACCGUACCACUGUACCAGAUGGACCCGAGCUCUUUUUCUCUCCUUUCUCUCUUCUCCCAUGAGCUCAGGGAUGACACGACUUAG